UCUCUAGAAAUCACUCUCUUUUUUUUUUUGCAUUGCUCUUUUUUUUUCAUCGCGAGAUCCCCAUCUCUCCCGAUGAUGCAUUGAUCGGAAUAUGUGAUCGUAUAAAUCUUCUCCUUCGUUUCUAUCUUGUUCAGCCAUUGAAGGUCAUCGCUCUUAGUUUUAUCUCCUCAUUUAGAGAAUCCAUAGGGAAAGUGAGAUUUUUAGACGAUUAAGCUAUCUUUUUUUUUUUUUUUGUAAUCUUAUUUUAAGACACAAUGUUGAAGCCCAUUAAACAUGUGUCGGAACCUGACACUGUCGCCGAUAAGCUUCGCAGAUCACUGAAUAUGACAAACAAUAAACAAGACAAUGUUCAUGUCGAAUUCGGAUCGCCAAUUACUCCGCUUCAGACACAACCGAGUGGACUCACCUCGGCGGCAACCACCACUUCCAACAGUAGCUUCAGUUCUAGCUCAUCCGGAUCGGUAUCGGGUCGUGCCGUACACACUCCGGCUUCAACAAAAUCCGACUCCGGUCGGUCAAAUCCCUCCGCCGUACAAUCUUCUAGGGCCACCGCUCCCUCCGCCUCUCAAACUUCUAAGACAAGCAAUCCCUCCGCCGCUAAAUCUUCCAAGUCCACCACUUCCGGGUCUAGCAACCCCGCCGGCGCUAAAGCAGGGUCGAACCCGAGACCGGGACGGGUCUCUUCAGCGUCGGACUCAGCUUCUGGCUCAACAAAACGAUCAACAAAAAGCUCGACUCCGCCGCCGCAGCCGGUGAAAAUCCUCCCCGGCGGGAAUCUUUUCCCGUCCGGGAAGGUUCAUAUAACAGGGAUGACACAAGGAGUUCCCAAACGCAUGAUUCUCGGACCAGGCUCCAAGUCCUACGGAUACGGUAGCGUAAUGCGAGGAACAAACAGCUACUCGUCAACGCCUGCAAAGCUAACAACGAGUUCUGGUUCUUCCUCCGGUGCACUCGUAAUCUCCCGCUGCUCUAGCGGUGGUGGUGGCUCUGAGGUGGAUACGUCGUGGAAGAGAGUGAUGAAUAGUCCGAAUCCAGAGGAAGUAAAGAGGCUUGGAAACGAAAUGUUCAAGAAAGGUUGUUUCAGUGAGGCUUUGAAGUUUUACGACCGAGCGUUAGAGCUCUCGCCGAGUAAUGCGACUUACCGCAGCAACCGAGCAGCUGCUUUGUCCGGUUUAGGUCGGAUUGCUGAAGCUGUGGUUGAGUGUGAACAUGCUAUUAAACUGGAUCCGAAUUUUGCAAGGGCUCAUCAUCGUUUAGCCACAUUGCUUCUUAGAUUAGGUCAAGUUGAUAAUGCGGGGAAGCACUUCUUUUCUGUGGAGGAGCCAUCAGAUCCCAUGGUGGUGAAGGUGCUUGAAGAAGUUGAUAGACACUUGAACAAAUGCGCAGAUGCAAGAAGAUGUGGUGAAUGGAAUGUUGUUUUGACAGAAGUAAGUGCAGCUAUGGAGUCUGGAGCUGAUAUGUCUCCUCAGCUAGCUAUGUGUAAAGUUGAAGCACUAAUGAAGCUCCUAAGGCUUGAUGAGGCUCAGACAAUAUUAGCAUCUGCCCCCAAAAUAGAAAUAUUAUUACCAUCAUCUUUCACACGGAUUCGGUUUUUCGAUAUGAUCUCUGAAGCUUACACAUAUUUUGUAAAAUCUCAGAUGGAAUUGGCUCUAGGAAGGUUUGAAAAUGCGGUUACAUUUAUAGAGAAAGCUUCAGAGAUGGAACCACGAAACGGUGAAAUUGAAACAUUGAAUAGAAACGUUAAAAUGAUUGUUAGGGCGCGUGAUCGUGGUAACGGUCUUUAUGGCUCAGAAAGAUACACAGAAGCAAGUGCAGCUUAUGCAGAAGGCCUUAAGUUUGAUCCAUACAAUGCUACUUUGUUCAGUCAUAGAGCUGAUUGUUUCUUUAAAGUUGGGAUGUGGGAGAGCUCAAUAGAAGAUUGUAGUCAUGCAUUGCUUAUUCUACCGAGUUGCACAAAGGCUCGUCGUCAAAGAGCUGCCUCAUACAGCAAGCUGGAGAGAUGGACUGAAGCAGUUAGCGAUUAUGAAAUCUUGAGAAAGGAACUAUCUUAUGACAGAGAAAUAGCUGAGUCUUUGUUUCAUGCUCAAGUUGCAUUGAAGAAAUCUCGUGGAGAAGUAGUUUUAAACAUGGAGUUUGGAGGUGAAGUUGAGGAGGUUUUUAGCCUUGAAGAGUUAAAAGCUGCAUUGACACGUCCUGGAGUUUCUGUUGUACUUUUUAUGAAAGCCUUUGAUCAACAAUGCAAAGAGAUAUCUAUUUUCAUGGAUGCACUAUGUAUUCGUUACCCAUCACUGCACUUCCUCAAGGUGGAGAUAGAGAAAUGUCCUGAAGUGGGUGAUGCAGAGAAAGUGAGAGUUGUGCCAACCUUCAAGAUUUACAAAGUUGGGAUUAGGAUGAAGGAGAUUGUGUGCCCAAGCAAGGAAGCACUGGAGAUUUCAGUGAGACACUAUGGCCUUUAGCAAACUCUCAAACAUAUUUACUUGGUUCAUAUAAAAAAAAAGGAAGAGGAAAAUUUUGUCAAUAAUCUCUCAGAGUUAGGUAGAGGAUUACUUCUGAUUCGGUUCAUUCAUUGCUCGGUUAUUAGAGAUUAAAUGUGUACAUAGACAAAAUUUUGCUUAGGUGAUUAAACCCUAUAAAAUAAACAGAGAAAGAGA